GCGCUUCCUGUUGGAGAAGCAUCUAGGUGGUCAGUAUCCACGGCGCGCAGUUCCUUCGCAGCAAGCCAGUCUUGACAGAGGGAGGAUAUCAGUUCGCAGCUGAAAUAGGCAGACAUUUCCUCUUCAGAAGUGACUGCGAUCCACCUAAUACAAACUCAGUGUUCGCAGCAGGACCCGCGGUUCCCGGUUGGAGACUAGCACCCAUCGACAUAUCGAGCGGCCAUGGCAGACGACUCGGACAUGCGCAACGAGCUGGCGGACAUGCAGCAGCGUGCCGACCAGCUGGCCGACGAGUCAUUGGAGAGCACUCGUCGUAUGCUGCAGUUGGUUGAAGAGAGUAAAGAUGCUGGUAUCAGGACUCUUGUCAUGUUGGACGAACAAGGAGAGCAACUGGAACGCAUCGAGGAAGGAAUGGACCAAAUCAAUAAGGACAUGAAGGAAGCAGAAAAGAAUUUGACGGAUCUAGGAAAAUUCUGUGGUCUUUGUUCAUGUCCAUGUAACAAACUCAAGGGCAGCGACGCCUACAAGAAGGCAUGGGGCAACAACCAGGACGGCGUGGUGGCCAGCCAGCCGGCCCGCGUGGUGGACGAGCGCGAGCAGAUGGCCAUCAGCGGAGGGUUCAUCCGCAGGGUAACGGAUGACGCCCGGGAAAAUGAGAUGGAUGAGAACUUGGAGCAGGUGGGCGGGAUCAUUGGCAACCUGCGUCACAUGGCCCUCGACAUGGGCAACGAGAUCGACACCCAGAACCGCCAGAUCGACAGGAUCAUGGAGAAGGCCGACUCCAACAAGACCAGGAUUGAUGAGGCCAACCAGAGGGCUACGAAGAUGUUGGGCAGUGGCUAAGCUCCAGGCACAAAGUGCUUUCACUCCCCCCCCCCCCACCCACCCUGCCCCC